AUGGUUAUCGUAACGUGGCUAAAAAGGAGGAGACCCAUACUGCUUGGAGUGAUUGUGUUGCUGCUGUUAUUUCUUACUUUAAUCGGUGUGCUACUCUUCUAUUUGUUUCGUCCCGCAAAGACCGAGGAUGACAUCGAAUACUUUCACCAGGAAGUGAAAUCUCCAUCUGUAGACUUUGACAAUGUUGACCAAAGGAAACCAUCUGUAAUUACAAGCCGUGUAACGGCCAGUGGUAUAGCCAGUACCAGUACUGCACCACCAGUAACUAUUCUCGAACCCAGUGUGUCGUCCUAUGAAAAUGCGUCUGAUUCUUCCGGUAACACUCGUUUCAAACAGCGAUUAUACUUUGCGAAUGUGAAGAAUACGCGAAAGUAA